GUAGCUGCUGUGUACAAGGACCCCAGUGUAGGAAACCUCAUCAACAUCAUGGUUGUCAAGCUGGUCAUCAUCCACAGUGAACAGGAAGGACCCACAGUGAGCUUCAACGCCGCCACCACGCUUCACAACUUCUGUGUCUGGCAACAGAGCCAAAAUGUCCAAGAAGACAGUGAUCCCUCCCAUCAUGACACCGCACUCCUCAUAACCAGGGAAGACAUUUGCAGAGCAAAACAUAAAUGUGACACUUUAGGGCUUGCAGAGCUUGGAACCAUGUGCGACCCGUACCGCAGCUGCUCCAUCAGUGAAGAAAAUGGAAUUAGUGCCUCCUUCACCAUCGCUCAUGAGCUGGGCCAUGUGUUCAACAUGCCUCAUGAUGACAGCCCCAUGUGCCGGGAGGUGGGAAUGAAGCACCAGUACCACGUCAUGGCCCCCACUCUCAACUAUGACACCAAUCCCUGGUCGUGGUCCAAGUGCAGCCGCAAGUACAUCACAGAGUUCCUGGACACUGGCUAUGGGGAGUGCCUCCUGGAUGAGCCUGUAGGCAGAACGUACGAGCUCCCCACCCUGUUGCCGGGUCAGAUCUACAACGCCAACAGACAGUGCGAACUGAUGUUUGGCCCCGGUUCCCAGAUCUGCCCGUACAUG